GCAGCUCCAAUAGAUUGAGCAGGUCAGAACCAGAUCGCAGAGCAAGUGAAGCAAACGUUCAAGUUACAGGAAAGAUGCAAGGAUUCCAAGUACUCUGCCUGCUGUUGGCUGCAGUGAGCCUGGCCAGCUGUCGUUCGGUGGUGCGCCGUGAUGUGAGCCACCUCCCCUUGGAGUACCUUCCACCAGUGGAGCUGCCACCUGUGCCCAGUCGCGAUUACCUGCCUCCGGUGGAGCAGCAUGCGGCCACAUUAACCCAUGUGCUCCAGCCGCCCCGUGAUUAUCUGCCUCCCCUGCCGCUGAACAACGAGUACUUGCCACCUGUGGUUGAGGAGGAGCCGGAGGAGGAGGUGGCCACCACAACGGAGGCAAUAAUUCCAGAAGAAACCACCACAGUGGAGCCAACCACCGAGACAGUUAUCGUCACCACCGAACAGCCGCAGGAAGUGGAGAUAAUCACGGAACCGCAGGAGGAGGUGGAGUUGAAGGCUGUGGAGCAUUCGGAGGAGGAGGAGCCCAAGGAGGAGAAGCAGGUGGAGUCGGCAGUGCUCCUGGACGAUGGCUACCACUAUCGCACUCCCUCUGUGGUGCCCGAUCUGCUGCCCGUGAAGGAGUAUCUGCCUCCUCUGGACGGAAAUGCCGUGGUGGAGGAGCUGCCCAAUGGCGAAGAGGACUCCUCCGCCCUUCUGGACGAUGGCUAUCACUAUCGUUCUGUAAAGCGACUCCGCUUCUAGUCCUCCAAAGCCACUAGGUGCCUUAUUUUAUUCCACUACGAAUUUCUGUUUCUGUUCUGUGCGACAAUUGUUGUUUAAUUUUACAAAAUAUAUAGACAAAUACCUUGCCGACACUGAGGGUUUGACACGCAACGGG